AGCGUGAACAUCGUGAAGUUAGUUGCCUUUGCUAAUAUAGUCUGUGGUUAUGGGAUUCACCGAAAGUGUUCACAUAAAAAUGUUUUUACUUCAAAUGUGUAGAUAAACCUAAUAAAUUAAUGAAAGUAUUAUUUUUUUCUAUUGACUACCGACAAAAAAUUAAUAAAAAAACAAAGUAUUAGAGUGAACUGUGAAAAGGUUAAAUUGGCAUUUACAAUUGAGUGCAAGUUAAAUAAUUAAAAAAUAAAGAAAUGAGCCGUAGAAUGGAAGUUGUCGAAACGAAAAGGUGUCCGAAUUGUCAUCGCGAUAUCCCGACGGUAAACUUCACGAUUCACAACGUGCACUGUUCGCGGAACAUCUGCAUGUGUCCAGUCUGCAAGGAGCCGGUGCUGCAAGUCGAGCUCAGCAAGCACCACGAGCAAAACCAUAAACUACUGCCCUGUAAAAAGUGUGGCGAGAGCGUCUGCGGCACUGACCUCGAAGACCACAUUAGAGACUCAUGCGCACACACUAUCAAGACAUGCAGGUUCUGCGACUUGGAGUUGCCUCGUCGCGACCUGCCCGGCCACGAGAGCUACUGCGGGGUCCGCACGGAGCAGUGCCCCGACUGCCGCGAGUGGGUCAUGAUCAAGUACCGCCAGCUGCACCUCGACUCCAACCACGGGUUCAUACGGCUUGACGACGAUCCCGCUCCCAUACCAAAGAGCAACGCAUCGAACCCGUUUGUGAGUAAGCUGACGAACACAGAUCCGUCCACCAGCAAUGGGGUGGCCAAGCCGAGCACCAGCUUCGUCGCCAACGGUCUCAAGAACAUCAACCUUAACGAUAGACCUCGGACUGAGAUAAGGUAUUUCAACAGUGGCAGUUCCAGCUCCAUUUCCUCGUCAUCCGCGUCCAGCAACAGCGAGGGUCUGAACGACUGGCGGCAGCAGUCCGUCGACGGGAACAGCUCCAAGGUCUCCGCCAAGAGGACCAACGAUCAGCCGCAGAUCAACACCAACGUAGCUGCUCCCAACAAAGUCGAGAAGAACUUGAGUAUAUCUCGCGGCGCGGUAAAGAAGCGUCCUGCCCCGAAGCCGCCCGGCCGCUCCCCGCCGCGCUCCCCGCUGCGCGACCUGCCCUACCACAGCGCGCUGCAGCGGCAGCAGCAGGAGGAGCGGGACAGGCACGAACAGACCGCCUACAACCUGUCCGUCGGUUUACCACCAGUCCUAAACCCAGCAGCGAAACUAGAAAAACUGCGCAAGAUGGACGCCCUAAUGAACACAGACAAUGAUAUGGACCACCGAAGUCGAGCGAAGGGGAAAGGCAAGAGUCCUAUCAAUCAAGCCAACGCAGGACCUUCAAACGAGAACCAGGACAGGCGGCAGGAGUUCAAGAACCUCAAGCCGAUGUCCCCGCAGGAGUUCAUGGAGAGGUUCAGUGAACUGCAGCUGCGGGGGGACGGGGAGGACGAGGCUAUGAACGGGGGGGAUGAGGGGAGGAGGACAAGUGGGGACAGGUUCAGUGAGAUCAAGUCUUCGUUACGAGAGCUGCGGAGAGGAUUGAAUGAGGUGACGGCGCCAUACCACUCGAACCCAAACAUCAGCGCUAAUAACAACAACAAUAAUGGUAACGAGCGCGGAGGCAGGUCAGGCCGCGCGUCGCCCAGCCCCGACGCCGUGCGGCUGCCGUGCGAGUUCUGCAACUCACUCAUACCCGCACACAACCUGGUGCAGCAUCAGACGGGUUGCCGGCCGGACCUGGCUCAGCUGCGGCCGCGUAGCCCGUCCCCCGCAGGCGCGGCGGCGCUGGCCCGCGUAGCGGACGACGACGUAGCGGGUGUCGUAGCCCCGCCCGAGGUCUACGAGCCCGUCAUCCCCUGCGAGUUCUGCACGCAGUCGCUGCCUGUAUACCUCAUCAGCGAACAUCAGGAGCGUUGCAGCCGCGAGACCAACCUGCUGUACCCAGACUGAAGCAGUCUUCCUAAGUCAACUUUUAAGCUAUCUGACUAUUCUGUUCACUCUUAAGGCAAUUUUAUUAAAUUGUCUCAUUAGAUCUUUGUUUUGUAGUGUGCGGUAAAAUUAUAUUAUUUCUGUCGGCAGCUUUUGUAUAGGAAAAACGGUUAUUUGUAUUUUAAAUAGGUAAAUGUAGGCAAGUGAAAAGUUGAUUUAAAUUGAUGGCAAGAGAGAACAUUAGCUUCGUACAUAGAAAAGAUCCUUUUGAAUACCUAUCGGAUAAGUAAACUGCCAAAAGUAAUAACAAUAUCGUAAGUUAAUAAAACUACCCUUUAAAGUGAUAAAAAAUGUGGAGUUUUCCACCACAGUCUGGUUUAUCAAGGCUUCCUAAAUAGAUCUGUUACAAAAGGGCCAAAAACUAGUAUUAAAGUUAAAUAUAGAGUCUCAUUUAAAGUUGCUUCAAAUUUUAUUUAUUAUAUACUUUGCCAUACAAAUUGAUCUCUAAGACGCUUAUUUUGUAUGGAUUGAAACUGGGAAUAGGGUAUUGGACCAUAGAGGAUAGAGGCUCGAAUAGACUUGAACGAAGUGACUUAUUAAAAUCCUCUUAAGAAUGAGUAAGUAUACGACCAUGAAGGUUUUAAAUCAAAAGGUUUUGUAUUAUCCUGAUCAUAGGAUGGUCGGGAAGGAACAUUUCAGGUGCUUUAUUUGUAUUUUUAACCCUUGUCACAAUUUUAACGGGCUUAGGUCGAGUACACAGUUCAUGACGCUUAGCGGCAUUAAAUUACUAUUUGCAUUAUCUUGAAAAGUCCUUUGUGUGGGAGUUCCUUGCUCAUGUACCUAAGCAAGCAAUUUUAUUGAUUGUCAAUAUAAAUACUCCCUUCGCAACCCAGGUUUAAUGCAUCUGUUUGGCUGGACCAAGUAUGUAUCAUUAAGCAGAUUAUAAGGCAGGCACUUAUAAUUGCGAAAGAAUAUGUUAUCAAAUUUGCAAAAUGAGAAAACCUCAUUAAAAAACCGUUUCUAUUUUUACUAUUAAAAUUGAAACCUCCAAUAAUCGGUUAUUAGAAAACACUUACUUUUAUAACAAAGUUGAUAGAUAUAUGUUGGUAGUAUAAAAAUAAGAUGUAAAGUUUCUGCAUUAGUCAUAUAUAUUUUACUAGCUGUUGCCCGCGACUUCGUCCGCGUGUUAGAAGAUAUAAGUUAGGAAUUUUUGAACGGC